AUGUCGCUGUCUCUGUCCGGCCUCGCCCAGGCGUUGCCGACAACUUCUUCCACUUCAUCUGCGAAGCCGCGCGCCCAACCUACCAACACCGCGUCCCCCGCGGACUCCAUCUGGAAACAUUUACCAGAGGCUGAUUUCCGCCAACAUGUCGUCGAACUCGAGAAACUGACCAACUCGGUGCCUGUGGAUGCGCAAACUUUUCCCCUGCCUCCGCAAUCUGAUCCAGCGGCAGACCAUGCGAACCCAGACGGAGAUGCAGAUGCGGAUACAGGCGUCGCAGGGGCGGACGUCGUCGGCCGAAACCCCGACAGCGUCUCCCAACAACCUCAUCCCCGCCAACUGUCCCUCGCUGCGGAACAGCGUCUAGCUGAUGACAUCGCCUACCUCAUCGCCAUCGGCGAAGGGGCGCAGUCUGUCGCUGCAACCACCGUGCAGGAAAGUCGACGUCCUCAAGGAAAGGGACUCCGGGUCACCAUCGCCUCGGUUGACGCCAUCGAGCCCGAUUCACAGGCAUUUCUCCGCGCCAUUUUCCAGAGGUUGUCUACCGUAUCUGCCGAGCCGUCUGCCAAGACACUACAUAGUCUCGUGGACCAAGUAACUCGGCAUCAUCAAACUCGCCUGCUCAACCGUCUGCGCUCAUGCAAGUGGGAGAAGCCAACCUACCUCUCCCGCACCCACAAGAAGGCCCUGCAUGCCGACUUCGCCAAUCUGGUCCAUCGCGCCCAGUUCCUCUAUGCCAAAAAGGAGGCCCACAAGCGGGCGCAGCUGGAGAAAGAACUCUUGGCUCUUGCGGCACUCCUUGAAGCCUUUGAGACGACACCGCCAGACAACGACCACGAGGCGCUGGUCGUCAUUGUGCGGUCUAGCUACCAACUUUGCACCUCAUCCCUGGUCGCAGAUUAUCUCCAACGCCUGCAGGCGGUCAGAGCGACAACGCAAAUCCAAGCCUGCCUCAAAACUUUGCGCCAGAUUGAAAAGAUCGCAGCCUACUACCGCAUCUGUCUAAGCCUGACAGGGUUGUCUCAAUCUCACGCCAAGCUUUUCCACGACGUGGACCUUCUCUUCCUGCUGCCAUACGAGGCUGUGCCCAUCACCACCCUCGCCUUCCAGCCGUGGGCCAAGUCGACUCACGUCCACGCAGAGGUCAUCCUCAGCGUCCAUCACGACCUCGAGCUCCAUCGGCCGCAGCCUGGUGGUUCUCCUUGGCACCGCCCGAGAUGCCUCGGCGCUUCCAAGUACUUUUGCUACCUUUGCUUCCUGUUCAUCCGACAUCACGGCACCUACUUCGCGGCCAACACGCACGGGGCAUGCUAUGAUCAAUGGACCGUGCCGGACCUCGCCGACUAUCCUGAGACGAUGGCCGACCACUACAGGGAGGUAUUGCGAGCGAUGGAUACGGACAUUCAAAACCAAACGCAGGGCGCGGCCUGGAGGCCAGAGCCCAUGACAAGUAGAGAAAACUUGAUAGGCAUUAUUGAACAGUGA